UAGUCAUUGCACUGCUUCAGUUGUGAACGGCGCUCUCAUGGCUCCGGUGUAACGAUUUCUCACUGCUGAGAGGGAGAGAAAGUACAAAAAACUACAGAACCAUUUCAGAACCUAAAGAAAACAAGUGCAUAAGGAGGCUCGUUUUUUUGCAUUGGAAACCUGUGGCGUUUUUCUAUCCAAAAAGUUUUGCUCUCUGUCCUUGCAUGUUUAAAUCGGAGGGGAAUAUUAGUGCCGUGAGUCGGCCAGACGUCUAGUUCUACAGCAAGCGGCAACACCAACAAGACGGCAUGAUUUUGCGACGGAGAUCAGUGUUCGCAGCUUUUUACUUUCAUGCCUUUUUACUCUGUUUGCGGACGAAGGUGUCUGACGCAACGGGACAAUUCGAGUUACAAAUCUUAUCGAUGCAGAACGUGAAUGGCGAAUUGCAGAAUGGCUCGUGUUGUGAUGGGACAAGGGAUCCGACGGACAGAACGUGCACCAGGGAUGAAUGUGAUACAUAUUUCAAAGUUUGUCUGAAGGAAUACCUGCGUGUCGCUGCAGCUGGCCCUUGUAGUUUCGGAACUGGACAUACGCCCGCACUCGGAGGGAAUACAUUUUCUUCCAAGACCACUUUGAGGAACGAAAAAUCCAAGCUCGUCUUGCCAUUCAGAUUUGCCUGGCCGAGGUCCUACACGUUGAUAGUGGAGGCCUUGGACCUGGAUAACGACACGGCCAGUGGAAGCACCUCGGGAAAGGUCAUCGAGAAGCAUCUUCACUCGGGCAUGAUCAACCCCAACCACCCAUGGCAGAAGCUGACGCACCAGGGCAACACAGCCCAGUUCGAGUACCAGAUCCGCGUCACCUGCAGCGAGCACUACUACGGCUUCGGAUGCAACAAGUUCUGCCGGCCGCGCGACGACUUCUUCGGCCACUUCACCUGCGACAACAGCGGCAACAAGACCUGUCUGGAGGGCUGGGCCGGGAAGGACUGCAACAAAGCUAUUUGCAGACAAGGCUGCAGCACUGAACACGGUUCCUGUGACAAGCCAGGUGACUGUCGGUGUAAGUACGGCUGGCAAGGACAAUACUGUGACAAGUGCACCCCCCAUCCGGGCUGUCAGCAUGGGACGUGCAUUGAGCCCUGGCAGUGUCUGUGUGACACCAACUGGGGCGGACAGCUCUGUGACAAAGACCUGAACACCUGCGCGACUCGUCAGCCGUGCCAGAACGGAGGGACCUGCAGCAACACUGGGCCGGACAAGUACCAGUGCUCCUGCCCUGAAGGCUACUCUGGGCUCAACUGCGAGAGAGCGGAGCACGCCUGUCUGUCGGACCCCUGCUCCAACGGAGGGAGCUGCCAGGAGACUAGCCAGGGCUAUGAGUGCCAGUGUGCCCCUGGGUGGACCGGGCCCUCCUGCACCAUCAAUAUCGAUGACUGCAGCCCCAACCCAUGCAGUCACGGCGGCACCUGCCAAGACCAAGUCAACGGCUUCAAGUGCCUGUGUCCACCCCAAUGGACCAGCAAAACCUGCCUCAUAGAUGCUAACGAGUGUGACGACCGACCGUGCAAGAACGCCAAGUCCUGCCGGAACCUGAUAGGCAGCUACUUCUGCGAGUGUCUGCCCGGCUGGACUGGGCAGAAUUGCGACAUCAACAUUAACGACUGCCAUGGUCAGUGCCAGAAUGGAGGAACUUGCAAGGACCUGGUCAAUGGCUACCGUUGCGUGUGCCCAUUGGGCUUCUCAGGGGAGAACUGUGAGACGGACAUCGACGAGUGUGCCAGCAGCCCGUGCCUAAACGGCGGGCGCUGUCAGGACGAGGUCAAUGGCUUCCAGUGCCUGUGCCCAGCCGGUUUCUCAGGUAACCUGUGUCAGCUGGACAUUGACUACUGCCAACCCAACCCGUGUCAGAACGGCGCGCCGUGCUUCAACUUGGCGUCGGACUACGUCUGCAAGUGCACCGAGGACUACGAGGGCAAGAACUGCUCGCACCUCAAGGACCACUGCCGCACCACGGCCUGCCAGGUGAUUGACAGCUGUACAGUGGCCGUGACGUCCAACAGCACCCCAGAGGGCGUGCGCUACAUCUCCUCUAACGUGUGUGGGCCCCACGGGCGAUGCCGCAGCCAGGCUGGGGGCCAGUUCACCUGCGAGUGCCAAGAAGGCUUCCGAGGGGCCUACUGCCACGAGAACAUAAAUGACUGCGAAAGCAAUCCGUGUGAAAAUGGCGGAACGUGUAUCGACAAAGUCAGCGUUUACAAGUGCAUCUGUGCCGACGGCUGGGAGGGGGAACACUGUGAGAUCAACAUUGACGACUGCCGCAUGAGUCCUUGCCUCAAUAAAGGGACGUGUCAAGACCUGGUGAACGACUUCUACUGCGAGUGCAGGAAUGGCUGGAAGGGAAAAACCUGCCACUCCCGGGAGAGCCAGUGCGACGAGGCCACCUGCAACAACGGCGGGACCUGCCUGGACGAGGGGGACAACUUCACCUGCAAGUGCUCCCCGGGGUGGGAGGGGGCCACAUGCAACAUAGCAAAGAACAGCAGCUGCCUGCCCAACCCCUGUGAGAACGGAGGAACGUGUGUGGUGAGCGGCGAGUCCUUCAAGUGUGUCUGCAAGGAGGGUUGGGAGGGCCCCACCUGCACUGAGAAUACCAACGACUGCAAUCCCCACCCAUGCUACAAUAGUGGAACUUGCGUGGACGGAGACAACUGGUACCGUUGCGAGUGUGCCCCAGGCUUUGCAGGUCCAGACUGCCGCAUAAACAUAAACGAGUGCCAAUCUUCACCCUGUGCGCUGGGCUCCACCUGUGUGGACGAGAUCAACGGCUACCGCUGCCUGUGCCCACCCGGCCGUUCUGGGAUCCAGUGCCAAGAAGUGACUGGUCAGCCUUGCAUCUUCAACGGACACGUCACUGCGGAUGGCAGGAAGUGGGAGAAAGACUGCAACACCUGCCAAUGCUCCAGUGGGAAAGUCAUCUGUACCAAGAUGUGGUGUGGACCCCGUACCUGUUCGUUUGGCGUGUCGGGCAAGGAGCGCGUGGCGUGCCCCGUGGGCCAGCAGUGCGUGCCCCUGCGGGAGGAGCACUGCUUCACCAAGCCCUGCCAGGACAAGGGGGAGUGCUGGCCCCUCCCUCCGCCCCCGCCCUCCAAAUGCCACCCCGGCUCCCCUUACCAGGACAGCAGCUGUGCCAACAUCACAUUCACAUUCAACAAGGACAUCAUGUCUCAAUCGCUGAGCAUCGAGAACAUUUGCGACAAGCUGAGGAACCUCUACCUGGUGAGGAACCUGUCAAUGGAGAACUCUGUGAUCAUCAGCUGUACGCCAUCGUCAUCCGCCAACAACGAGAUUCACGUCAGCAUUUCGACUGAUGAGCCCAGAAUAGACCGGAGCCCGGUGAAACAGAUCACGGACUGGAUCAUCGACCUGGUGAGCAAGAGGAACGGCAACAACUCCAUCAUUGCCGCCGUCACAGAGGUCCGAGUGCAUCGGCGACACGCUAAAACUGACUACCUGGUCCCCUUGCUCAGCUCCAUCUUCAUCGUCAUCUGGAUCUUGGCCCUGACCUCUGCCUUCCUCUGGUGCAUACGUCGCCGUCGGAAACAGAGUGGCCAUGGCAACGUGGCAGCCUCGGCAGCCGCGGAGGACAACACGACCAACAACGUGCGCGAGCAGCUCAACCAGAUCAAGAACCCCAUCGACAAGCACGGCAGCGGCCACAUGGUGGCCAUCAAAGACUUUGAGGGCAAGAACUCCAUAAUCGCCAAAAUUAGGACACAACAUAACCCCGAGCCGGAGGACGAGGACGUAGUGGACAAACACCUGCAGAAGGCCCGUUUCACCAAGCAGCCGGCCUACACACUGGUGGAGCGGGACGAGCGCACAUCCAGCAAUAAAAAACCAAACUGGACUAACAAGCAAGACAACAGAGACUUGGAAACAGCACAGAGUUUAAACAGGGUGGACUAUAUUGUAUAGCAGGCAACUGUGUUGCUGUGCAAAAAAAUAAUAAUAACACUACAAAGUCCCUGACCCGCUGAAGUCCUUCUUCUUCCUCCUCCUCCUCCACGUCUUGGUUGAUGGGAAGGAAGGAUAACAGUACGUUGGAGAUGUGUGGUUCUUAAAUUGUUUGUCAUAUUCAUGACUCUAAGGUUAUUAUUUGCAUAGAAUCCCUGUGUUAAUUUAAGUUUUGACAAGCUGGCUUACACUGGCAAUUGAUAGUUGCUGUGGUUGGCUGGACACCAAGUGCUGCAUUUCACAUAAUAAUAUGCAAACAAAUGAAUUUCAAAUGACUUCCUGCCACAUUUCAAACAUUCAACAGGUGGAUAUGUGAGCGUAUCCUGCCAUUAUACCCCUGACACAGUGUAUUUUGCAACAAGUGUUCACAAGUGUUACUUUAUAUCACUUUUUUUUAUUUUUUCCUUAAGAAAGAAACUAAAAGGACACCAGUCAGAGGAGAUGUUAACAUGAAAGUGCCCUCUGACUGGUUCGUCUCUAGUUGUGUACUGAACGUGCCUUUGCAGCUCCACACCACAGCAACAAUCAGAAAUGAAAAUAGUAAUGGAAAAAAACUUUAUUAUUUAUUAUUUUUUUCUUGGGGUGGGAUGGGUUAGCAGUUUGCUGCCAUAUGAAGAAUUUCAAAGUGUCAAUUUAGAUCAUUUUGUGUAGAUAUGUACAUUUUUCAAUUAAUCACUGUGUAUAUUUGAUUUAUUAACUUAAUAAUCAAGAGCCUUAAAUACCAUUCCUUUUUUAUUUAUAUGUACUGUCUAGUUUUGAAGGUUUUGAUAGCUUUGUGAGCUUACAGCUUUAUUUUUUUGAUGACAACUUUGUUUCGUGUUUCAAAAUGCCAAAAUUAUAAGACGACCAAAUGUUUUGGUCUUUGUACAAAAAAAACAGAAGUGUAAAAGUUCUAUCUUUCACAUUCACUUUGGUCAGGACUUCUUUUUAAGUACGGAAGGCAAGUAAGGUAAAAAGAAAAUAGUCAACAGGAAAAAAAGCUUUGGAGCUUUGGAGUUGAACUUAAACGCAGUGGCAGACCGAUAGCUUGCCACCAACAAAGACAUGAUUGCUUUAAGGGAACAAUCUUCAGUAGCUUAUUGGAUGCCCACUGCAAAAUCCCACGACAAGCGAAACUGUCAGUCUGCUUUGUGCCUGAGGUAGCACAUGCUUCAGAAUGCUGCACCAUUUCACGUUGCUGGCUUUAGAUUGCAUGACGUCAUAAGCUAGGCAUUGAAUACUUGAACAGUAACGGGGCCAAGGGGAACACUGUAGAACACUGCCUUGCUCUUUGGUAGUCUAUGUUGUUUUUGUUUCUGUGUACAUGGACUGUUAUUUUAUGUUUGUUUGUUUUUUGUGUUGUUUUUUUUUUUUUUUUUACAAAAAAGGCUCUUCAUUAAAAAAAAGAAAAAUCAUCAUAUUUCAUUCAUUUGUACAAUACUUUGAAAACACAGUGACAUUUUGUGUCCAGCUUUUGACAUUAGUGUUAAAAAAACUUUAGAAUGUUUUUGUUUUUUGAGGUGUUCCUGGCAAUAUUUUUUUGAAAAGUCAUAUUUAUUAAAUAUUUUGUAUGAAAGGAGAAUUAAAAGUUGUUUAAAAAUUGA